AUGGAUAACUUGCUUGAAAAUUACCAUAAACUUAAGAAAGGUUUAUCUCUCACGGAGACCUUACACUUCGUUCACAAAUAAGAUUAAUUGGGUGGUACUCAGGCCAAUAUCUCAGAAGUCAUUGAUCAAAUCUAUGACGAGGACCAGACCUAGUUAAAUAAUGAUCUGCAGGUCAUUACUGAAGAUAUAUCUCAAUGGGUAACUCGCUAAGAGGACCCUCCUGGUGAACUAGAUAAAAUCUAGAAUGAAGAAAGGAAAACAGUGCCUGCUCCAUUUGAUGAAAAUCUUCGCAAACUGAGAAAUUUAUGUCAACAACAUAAUAUCUCGAGUGCUUUGGAAGGAAAAAUAAAAAUGACUGAGAAACAGAUUCUUAAUACUUACUGUUAAAAUGUAGAAAGCGCUUUUCUCAAUUACAAAGAGAAUGGAAAUAUUGGCAGGACUCUCAUUAACAUGAAUUUUAAAAAGGCACCUGAAAGAGUCAGUGGGAGAAAUGCUACUUAGAUAUAAGAACAGGAAGAGUAAAAGUAAUUUAAGUUGAUGUACCAGGAAAAAAAUCCCAAGUUUGUAAAAUUGGUGUAGGCAAUACAGAAAAAGCAUACAAUUGAUGGAAAACCAAGAAAGAAGAAAAACAAUAUGACUGGAUUUUCAUUUUUAGAUUCUAGCUACUAGAGUUAAAAGACUGGAAGAGUGGCACAGUCACUUAAUAAAAAUAAUAUUCCAGAUUUGAUUGGUCUCAAAGAGGAAAGCAGUAUCCAGGAGAUAUUUGACUAGUCAUUGAUUAAUAAUGACUCUACAGUGGAAGAUCUUGAUAUUCCUUUUUUGAAAAUAGAAGACUCAUAACAGUAAAUUCUGGAAUAAACGAGCAUCAAUAAUAGUAAGCUGACUAUAAACAAAACUCAAUUUGAAUCUCCCACUAAAAUAGGAUUGAAUUUUGCAAUUGGAAAUGUCAAAUCAUUUUAAAAGCAGUAAAAAGGAGCAAGGGAUCAGUUGAUAAGUAAGAGCCACGAAUCUAAUCUUAGACAUAUGCUAAAGUAUUCAUCUGCCAUGAUAAGCACACCAAGAAACUAUAAGAGGGUUAUAGCUUCGACUUAGAAAGCAGGAGAUAAUUAAAAAUACUAAAAUAUAGACACAUUUGAAAAUAUAUCUAAACUUCAAUUCCCUCAAAUAAAUUUGGAGACAAGCGGAUCAAGAUUGCUAGCUGGAAAAGCAUUGUUUGCAAGUCAUCAUUCAGUCAAUGAAAAUCCAAUCUAUACCAAUAAGACCUACUUUUCUAAUCUUACUGAUUCGAAAGAACAUAUGUUAAAAAUCGAGCUUCAGAAAAAGAUGUUGCUAAAUAGGACCAACUAUAAGCAGAGACCAAGAUUGCAUACUCAAAUAUCCAAGCUUAACUUUUAAAAUAUUGCGCUCGAGAGUCCCAGAACAAAUUAAAAUUCCAAAUCUAAUUCUCCCGAUAAAGAAACACAAAACAAAAAGUCAUCUUCCCCACUAUGUAGAUAGCGAAAGAAAUUAUAAUAAGAAUUGGUAGAAUUUUAGAAUGUGUCUCCCCAAAAGAAAAAUCUUGAUAGAGUAAUGAUGGGGUGUAGAGAGUAUAUUCAUAAGUUUAUGAAUCAAACUGAUAGAGGACUAGUGCAUGAAAUUGAUCAAGAGAUAAUGAAGUAAAAAAUAAGACAGCAAAAGGCUAUUGAAAUGGCUAAUAAUUUUUAGUAUCUAAGUGAUUACAAUGCAUAGAUAAUAAAGGCGCUAUAUGAUGAAAGGAAGAUUGAGAUUUAGGAUGAAUGCGAUACUCAAAGAAAAGUUAUUGAAAAUUUCUAAAAUAGGAAAGUAAACACACAGUAUUUUUCUAUGCUUGAAAAGAGUCGGAAGAAAAAUAACAAUAAUAGGAGUAUCAAUAUAUGA